CGCCGAAGUCACUUCUUCCCACUGAACGUACCUGUACCAUUCCUCGACACUGUUGAAGACACAGGACCGGUCGACGGAGUACUGUGGAUGCGUUAGCCUGUCAAGCGGUUAGUGACUCUUACCGGAUCGAUUCAACCAUGCGCCAUGAGCAAGCGGUCGUUCGAAGAGUCAUUGUCCAGAGGUGGCUCGCAGCCGCCGGAGCAUAUCGAUAACGCGCAGAACAGAUCAUUGCCUAUUAACGACCUCCUCUCGCCCAGUCAGGAGCAGUAUUCCUCGUCGCAGGCCAAGAGACCGCGCAACUUCAUCGCCACAGUGGCGUGUGAAACAUGUCGGCUGAAGAAGACCCGGUGCGACGAAUCGCGCCCCAAGUGUGGAUUGUGUAAGUCGCUGGGUCUAGAAUGCGUCUAUAAUGAGCGCAAGUCCUCCAAGCGGGAUCACUCGCUCAGCUUGAUUAUGAGCACACUCCAUCGGCUGGAGACUAAGCUGGAGAACAUUCCGUCGGCGAUCACGAAGGAUGUCCGGUCCCUGCAGGGCCAGCUGGGCCGUGCUCUCGAUCAUCCGUCCGAAGGGAAUACCCCGAGAUCGGGCACGACUCAUGGCGUCGGCAAGCCGCCGACGCCUGCGCCAAAUGACCUGGCGCAGGCUCUCACGCCGGACGAAGCGGAACCGGAUGACUUUGAAUUCGAUGAGCAGGCCCAUGUGCCCAACCCCAACGGACAGGUGUCCAUCUCCUUCAGCCAGCAUGGUGUGAUCCUGUGGCCGGGGGCACGAGCGGUCCUUCCGCAGGUGCUUCUCGAAGCCCACGAGAGGCUGGGGAAAAAUUAUGUCAUUGAUCUGGAGAUGAAACGGCCCCAGCUAAUGAUGUACACGGCGCCCUUUCCGGUGCAGGCGGGAGAAGACUGGCUCGAGGCGUUGCCGCUAGCUAUGAUCAAGGGACUCUCGGAUGCCUUCUUCGCGACCUUCAACCCGUUUACCCCGAUCAUGGACAAGAAUUUUUACUUCACGUUCACGCUGGGUGCCGCCAUCGGGAGUGGGUUCGGGUUCACGAUGGAGAGUUGUCUCGUCCUCAACGUCCUAGCCUUGGGCUGUCUAGCGGUCCAGGCCCACCGCGAAGGGAACUACCCACUGCCGGGGACCCGAAGCGGGCGAUUCAAACCGCCUGAGUGGAUGGACGUGAUCCAUGAAGACCCUCCCGGGCUACGAUUCUUCAAUGAAGCUCGCCGGCGCAUCGGGUUUCUCAUGUGUCACAACGAUAUCCAGAGUUGCCAGUUCUAUCUUUUAUCUUCUGUAUACUAUACCCAAAUCCUUCGACCCAUGGACUCGUGGGCGAUGCUUCACCGCGCCGCCACGUCUUGUCUCUCAAUGCUGACCAAUCACAAUGUCAACUUCGACGAGUGGGAAGGCGACAUGAAAUCUCGCGUGUAUUGGAACUGCCUGAUGAACGAGACGAUCCUAGUCCAAGAACUGCACCUCCCCCCAAGCGGACUCGCCCGACUCGAAGAGUUCGUGCCUAUACCCAAGUUCAUCAGCUUCGAGACCGUCGGCUUCGUGUCCACCCGGUCAUCAUCGUCUUCCGAUGAAGUCGACGACUCCUUCUUCCAGUACCACUUUCUCGCGCAGGUCGCACACCGCAUCAUCCUCACUCGAAUCCGCCACUCACUGUACUUUUACUCCGACACCGGAACCUUCCCCCUCCCCGCCAUCAACGCCGAACUCCACCACCAACUCGACCAAUGGCGCCUCAACCUCCCCUCCGUCCUCCAGUUCCCCGACACCCUCCCCACGACUCCAGCCGCCGUCUCCGCCACCGACCCCGGCAAACCCGCCCCAUCACCAUCCCCGAUCUCCCCCCACCCCCAACAAGACAUCCACCACCACCGCCCCCUAACCCCAGCUACAGCCAUCUCCGAAGCAAUGCUCCGUGGCCGCUACAUGAUCGCCAAGUUCCACAUCGGCCGACCCUACCUCUACAAAGCGCUGCGCAUCCCACAAUGCAUCUCCGACGAAGACCUCGAGCAGAUGCGUAUCGGGCUGCGAAACGCCAUGAAUUGGCCUGUCGUGGGAGGCAUCUUCCACUCCAUGAAGAGCUGCAUCCCGAUUAAGUUCGCGUUUUGUUCGCAAUUCUUCGGCCAAGUACUCCUCUUCUACUGUAUAUCGCACUCCCACGAUGCGCGGCUGCGGAGUACCCUACCCACCGGCUGGGAGCAGUGGAGUCAAGAGAUGAUGCAGUUCCUGGAAGAUUGCGCACCUUAUAGUCCCGCUGUGGCGCAGGAUUUGGAGCUGUUGCGGCUUUUGUAGUUGACUGGUGGCCUAUAGGGGUGACAAAGGCAUGCAUGGUAUGACUUGGUCAAAUGUAAAGUGUAAAAAUACUGCUAUUAUAUCAACCGGGACACUACGUUCUCGCAAACAACAC